ACCGAAAUGAAUGUUACUAAUUUUACAAAAGUACCAAUCGCUAAUCAUUACAAGUAUGGGUUGUCUACACUGCAUGCUUGGAUUAGAUGUUUUGAGUGUUUACUCCACAUCGCAUACCGUUUAACAUUUAAAUGCUGGCAAGUUCGCAAAGAAAACAAAGACGCCUUUUCUGCGAAUAAAGUUAGGAUUCAAAAUGAGUUUAGGACAAGAUUAGGCUUAAUAGUGGACCAAGUAAAGACUGGAUUUGGAACAACUAAUGAUGGCAACACAGCUCGCAAAUUUUUUUCAAAUGCAGAAGUGGCAUCAGAAAUUACCGGCAUUAAUAAAGAUCUAAUUCAAAAUUUUUCAAUAAUACUGCGAUUAAUAUCGUGUGGAAUGCGUAUUAAUAUCGACGCGUUUAGAGAGCUCCUUAUAAGGACAAGAACAAUGUAUUUGACUGAAUACGAAUGGUACUACAUGCCUAGCAGCGUGCAUAAAAUAUUGAUGCAUGGGUGUGAGGUUAUUGAGUAUUUCGAUCUACCAAUUGGCAAUUUUUCAGAGGAAGCUCUGGAAGCUUUACAUAAACACAUACGUAUCGUACGAUAUGAUCAUACACGUAAAACUGCUCGGGAGCAUACAAACAGAGACUUGAUGUCAUACUUAACAAUAUCAUCAGAUCCUGAAGUAGUUUUUAAAAGGAGUGCUAUCCCAAACAAAAAUGCAGUUUAUACAAUGGACGAGCUGGAAGAGUAUUUAGUCGAUGCUGAAGAAACUUAAAAGCAAUAAGUACCCUUCAGUCAACUCAAUUAUUUUUAUACUAAUCAAAUACUAGUCAGCCACACGGCCUCAACUAGUUCGAGUUCUGUAAUUUUUCCAUAUAAGCAACUGGCCGCGGCGAUGUCCUACGAGAUGGCAAUUGUCCUCUUCUGCAUCAGCACUAUACCAGUUGGCAUACUAGUCAGCCUCUGCAUCAGCAAUAUAUCAGUUGACAUACUAGUCAAUAUAUACAUCAAUAUCAUACCAUUUAAGAUACUAGUUCGUAUAUACGUCAUGAUCGUACCUGUUGGCAUACUAGUCAUUAUAUACAUCAGAAUCAUAGCAGUUGACAUACUACUCAGUCUAUGCGCCAGAACAUACUAGUCAGUAUGCACGUCAAGAUCCUACCACUUGUCAUACUAGUCCACGAAUUUGACAUUCAUUCUAGUUGGUAUACUAUGGGGUGGGAUUUUUCUGAUUAGUAUGAUUUCUAGUAUAGAUUACACUUUUUCUGACUAGUAUGAUUUCAACCCGAAAUUCAUGAAUGAAUUCAUGUAUGAAUACACCACAAAAUUCAUGUAUGAAUACACCACAAUUCAUGUAUGAAUACACCACAAAAUAUAUAGCCAAUGAACUAGUGUGUUUGCUGAGUAGUUUGGAAUUUGACUGCAUGAUGACUUUAAUUUUUCAAUAAAC